ACCUCCAAAUGAUUUCACUGUCAGUAGCUGAUACACCCACUUUAGGGAUAGACCAUUGUUCCAAGCCAACUUGGCAGUAUCCUACACCGUGAAUCCGCCUAUUUAUGCUCUCACGUUUACUACAGGUACGUAAUUGCCCGCGGAGUACCUCUCUUUUGAGAAGCUAUACCAGAAUCACCACUCGCGUCAAGAACCAGACCGAUCAGUCGCUAUCCGCCAAAGACUUGCUAGGUGAGGAAGGCCCAGGCGAUAAAGUCACAAACGAAGCCUCUAAAAGAUCCCCAGACCUUCUGAAAAGCAAUUACUCCAGGUUUCUGGACACCAUCAGGGGGUUCUAUAAAAUGCACUCCCCCGAAGAAUUGGGGUAUAUUGCAAAAGGUGGAGAGCAGGCGGAUAAUCUCCCUGAUACGUUUGAAAGUGGAGAGAUAGAACCUGGAACGGAAAUCUCGGAGGAGCGGAGAUAUAGUCCUAAAGAUAAGGAAACGCACGCCCUGAAAGGGAGAGAUGUGGAGUAUGAAGCGUAUCCCGGGAGGACUCUAGCAGAGAAUGCUGCACGGGUGAGCAAGGCCACUCGGACCUGGAGGAGAUUAAUCCCGAGAUCUACCGUGCCCAAAAAGCUUCCAGAGCCUCCCAAGCCCUUAACCAACUUCAAUAUGUUCCUCACGGAGAAGCUUGCCGUAAUGAAGGCUGGGAUGGCCCCGGGAGAGGAAUUUGCCACGCAACGGGCCAUUAUAGAACUCUCAAAGGUGUGGUCCGAAGAGCUGUACCGUGACGAGAGAGAAAAAUACACCUUGAGAGUAUUGCGAGCUAAAUUGGCAUACGAUGCUAGGUCCCAGAGUCUUCCACCAGCGCUUAGGGAGAUAUAUGUGGAGUCUAUACUCGAGCUUACCCAUUACAAGAGGAUCCAGCUGGGAUCAGAAAUCGGAGGCAGCGUACGCUUGUCGCUGAUACGAGCCCAAGGUCAUUGGGAAGCGGAGUAUAUGCGAAUCAAACGUGCCAUCGACCGGUGCCAGAAAAAACUUUUAGCAGAUGUGGCGUUGAUAGAUGUGUUCUGUGGCUAUCUUGCAGCACUGACAAUGACCUAUCGCAAGGGUGAGAAGUUGGAUUGGUUUAGUGCGUUCAAAAGAGCGGUGGAUGCUUGGACGAUCUUGCCGGCUGCCCGCGCUUACCCUCCUGGUUGUUCAUUUACCUUGGGUGAGUUCUUGUACAACCUUGGAAUCCCCCGAAACUCCCCGUUGGGAACUUACUUAGGCACGGUUUCCGCGCCCAGCGAAAGGACUGAUUUCCGGCUGCUUGAAGCUGCUAGCUGGAAGUUUAUCAGAAUGAGUCUUUCCGAAAGAGAAGAGGCUGUUAGGCGUAUCUCCAACUUCAACCACGCCUCCGAACGAGAAGACGCAAGGGAUACCAAGUUGAUUCGCUCCCAUGACUAUAAGUUUAUCCUUUUCAUGAUUCACUAUGUUCAGAAGCUGGGUGGGAUUACUGGUGAUAUCGAGGCGCUCAGAUACAAAGGGGAGGCCAUGUGGAUGCGUUUGCCUCGUAGCAAAAAGACAAAGUUUAUCUUGAAGCAUGCCCCGGAUUUUUUGAUGCAACGGGCAAAUGAGAGAACCCAGCCUUCCUCAAGUACGGCUAUACCGACCAAAAGACCAAUAAAUUCUUUCUUGAGGUUUCAAAAGAAGUUCCGAGACGAAGCUCUUUACAGAGACCCCCGGUUGACAUUGCCAGAUAUUGGAAAAAUGGCGGCUGAAAGUUGGCGAACCCUUGCCCCGGAAGCCAGGCAAGCGUACACAGAUGAUUACAAGGCUGAAUAUGCUGUAUGGAAGCAACAGAAGCAUGCACUUAAGCCGGAGGAGCCUAGGCCAGAGGAGCGAGCGAAGAGGCCUCUCAACGGAUACUUGCGCUAUCUGAUAUGUACCAUGAAGGCCAUAAAGAAAGCUAACCCUGAAAUUGAUGUACUAGCAUCGGCUCGUAUAAUUGGCCAGAAAUGGAGAAAUUUACCGCCGGAGGAAAAGGGAGUGUAUCUACAGGCGGCCAGAGAUGACUGGACUGCGUUUUUCAACGAAAGGAAACAAAAGGCAUAAAACCAAAUAUCUAAUAUACACGGGCUAAUGGUUGGUAUAGACAAUAAGGCUGAGAACUGUCAAUUUAGCAGACUUGUAUCAAACCCAAACUUAUCCUAUGACAACUAUAUCGUUGCUUCCACCGGGCACA